UGCACAAAUUUACGAAAAAAAAAUCGUAUGAUGUUCCCAAUUGUUUCAGGUAAAUUUACAAAGAACAAAUCGCAUCAAAUGAAACGUAAAUUUUUAGAUAUUAUCUCGAUUUAGAACAAUGUUUCCUUAUAUUACUGCGUCUAAAUUAACUUAAAAUGAAACAACUAGUACCCCUAAAAAUCUAAAUUUUGCUAUCAGGUAACAUGAAUAUAAACAAACAUAAGGAGUUUGUUUUUAUAUUUAUUUUUUUGGAUAACUGUCCAUUUAUAUACUAGCACACUAAAUUUUUUUAUUUCUUUUUAAUACUCUAUCAUUUUGAUAUUUUACAACCACCUUUUUAUUCUAAUAAAGUCUCUCUCGGCUGGCCGAGUUUAUUAUUAUCGUGAACAUUUCUGUGUAUUCUGAGUGUUUUUUGGUGUAUACUUGUUUAAAAUAUAACGCGAAAAUAAUAAAAAACCACAAUAAUUUUAAAACCGAGAAUAAAUAAAUCAUGAGUAAAUCUACAAAUCCUUCGCUUGGAUAUAACCCAUAUUUCGACCCGAACUUGUCUAAUGGUGAAAAUAAUCGAUAUACAAGUGAAUACGAAGGAACAAGUGAAUACGUUGAUAGUUCAGAUUUUAGAAAUAGUUAUUCUACAAGUGUCGGUACACAUGAUAGUAUAGUAUAUUCUGAAGAUGCUGUUAUUCAAAGACAACCCUCAAAAAAACUUUUAGUAAAUAAUCCUGGUAAUGUAGGACGCGGUGAUUCAUUAAGAAAAAUAGCUAGAGGAGAUUCUGUAAAGAAGAUACCUAAUCUUGAUAAAUUUGAUCCUUAUCCCUCAAAUGGUACAGCUGUAACUGUUAAAAAACCAGUUACAAAAUUUGAAAAACUUCAAGCAUGGAUGAUUAAUGAAGGCGGUCGUGCCAUAUUUUUUGGAGUAUGGAUAGCACUUCACGGUUUGGUUUUUGCUUUAGCUUUUCUCAAUUACUUUUAUAGCGAUAAUUUGACGGGAGCAAGAGCCGCCUUUGGCAUAACAUAUUCAAUUGCAAGAUCAGCCGCAUUAGUUCUUCAUCUUGAUGCUGCCAUGAUUUUAUUUCCUGUUUGUAGGAAUUUAAUUUCCAUUAUUCGCGCAACACCUCUUAAUAAUAUCGUACCUUUCGAUGAAAAUAUCGAAUUUCAUAAAGCUAUUGGCUGGUCUUUACUUUUUUUCUCUGUACUUCAUACUGUUGCUCAUUGGGUUAAUUUUGCAAAACUAGCCAUUACUACUCCUUCGCCAAUAUUAGGAUGGCUUGAACUUAAUUUCGAAACGGGACCUGGUGCAACGGGCUAUGUAAUGCUUAUAUCGUUGGUUAUUAUGGUUGCUACUGCAAGAGAAAGUGCAAGACGAAGUCAUUUUAAUAGAUUUUGGUAUUUUCAUCAUCUUUUUGUUCCAUUUUUUGGAGCUUGGGCCUUUCAUGGAGCGUUUUGUAUGAUUAAGCCUGAUAGAGAACCAAAAUGUGAUAGUAUUGCUAAUUUCUGGAAAUAUUGGAUAGCUUCAGGAGUAAUUUAUAUUAGUGAACGUAUUCUUCGCGAAAUUCGUGCACGAAAAAGAUCUUAUGUUUCAAAAGUUGUCAUGCAUCCUUCACGUGUUGUUGAAAUACAAAUUAAAAAACCUUCCAUGUCAACUAAAGCUGGACAAUAUAUCUUUUUAUCCUGCCCCGAAGUAUCACUUUGGGAAUGGCAUCCUUUUACUUUAACAUCUGCACCGGAAGAGGAUUAUAUAUCAGUACAUAUCCGUGUUGUUGGUGAUUUUACCAAAGCUUUAUCCAUAAAAUUAGGAUGCAAUUAUGAUGAGGAAUUAAGAAUUCGUAAAGAACAUAGAGAUCGUAUAAAAAGUCAAUAUGAUGGAAUUGAUAUUUCAACAAAUAACCCAGAACUUCAAAAAAUUUUACCUAGGAUUAUGGUUGAUGGUCCAUUUGGAAGUGCUUCUGAAGAUGUGUUUAAAUUUGAAGUUGCUAUGCUUGUUGGUGCUGGCAUUGGUGUUACUCCAUUCGCUAGUAUUCUUAAAAGCAUUUGGUAUCGCGUUAAUUACCCCACAAAAUCGACCAAAUUAUCUAAAGUAUACUUUUUCUGGGUUUGCCGUGAUUAUGAUUCUUUCGAAUGGUUUCAAUCACUAUUGUCAGCUAUUGAAGAGCAAGACAUUGAACAAUUCAUUGAAACACACAUUUAUCUUACGGGUCGAUUACGUCAUUCGGAGGUUGGAAAUAUUCUCGUGAAUGAUGAUGGUAAUGUUAAAGAUACAAUCACAGGCCUUCGCGCACCAACACAUUUUGGCCGUCCUAAUUGGGAUAAGAUCUUCUCGAAUAUGAGAGAUCAAUAUCAAGCAACGGAUAUUGGUGUUUUCUUCUGUGGACCAAAACCACUUGGUAAAACCUUACAUACGAAAUGUAACCUUUGGAGUCAAGGUUUUGAGGAUGGAACUAGAUUUUUUUAUGGAAAAGAAAAUUUUUGAUCAAUCUUAAGAUUGUUAAAUAUACACUUAAUAAUCCAUUUAUAGAUAGAAAAAUCACAUUACAAUAUAGAACGACAGAUUAUUUAUUCUUUAUUAGUGAUGCAUGUAUACCAGUUAGUUUUUUUGUUAUAAUUUUAGUUGUUUAAUAUUUUA